AUGUUGUCACGGCGCAUGCUCACCAAGGCGGACGAGGAGUCCGUCGGCGACGAGGUCGAAGUUAGGAGGGAGGACCAAGACAAGAUCAACAAGUUCAGCCGUCUGCACCAGCGCGAACUCAUAAUCGAGGAGGAACUCAAGAACAAGAGCAAAGAAAAGGAAGAGCUCGAGGAUCUCAGCACAGAAUUGGAGCUUGCGGACGAAGACGAAACAGUACCAUACAAGAUUGGCGACGCUUACUUCCACGUAUCGCAACCUCAAGCAAUAGAGAUGCUCGAGCAGGCAUCGACCAAGAUCGAGGAGGAUGUCGAGGGGUUAGAAUCGAAGCUGGAAACGAUUAAGGAGGAUAUGAACCAACUCAAGGUCGAACUGUACGCCAGAUUCGGAAAGAGUAUCAACCUCGAGACAUGA